AAAAAGCCAUGCAUCAUUUGACCGUCCUUAUCAACCUUGCAAGCACAGCAAGGAUCAUUCGCGUAAAUGAGUCAGUCCAACUGAGUCCUCCGAGCAAUGCACUUCUUAACUCUUACCCUGCUGAUUGCAGCAUCCAUGUUCGAGCUGUCGAGCCAGCAUCCGCUUCCAGACUGGAGCAACGCCAUCCAGCUGUGCUACAAACUGCUCCGGAUCAGCGCCGAAGCUCGCGAACGAUUCGAGCGGAGCUAUGCGGACGAUGACCCGAACACUCACUGCAUAGUCCGAUGCGGGGCGAUUCUGCGCGGGAUAUACGACGACGGGGCGGGAAUUCGGAUGGAGCAGGGCACCGCCCAAGGGGGAAGUGACGCUUUCGAGGCGUUGCGGAGUGCGUAUGAACAGUGUGCUGCAGCGAUCAGGCCGAAGGAUUACGGCAGUGACCAUUGCAAGAAGGGCUUUCUGCACGUCAAGUGUUAUCUGCUGUUUUCGGGGUAGAUUGACGGGGGUGACGGAAGUGAGUGCGGAAAGGUGCGGGAGGAGCUUAACGUAGGUUGGGUCAGAUAUUUCCGUAGAUUUGUUGGAUCUGGUUGAAUCUUGAAGGUCAGAAUGAAAAUGACGAAUAAAUUAUUGGCUAGUUUAAAGAAGAUCUUUCAUUUCUAGUCAAUUGAUAACAUUUUGAGAAAAAAACCUCUGGCGUAGUUUUCAGGUUUUAGAAUCGACAAUGAGCUGCAAGUGACGCUAAGAUAAGGUGGGAUGUCAACCCGUUGCUAUUGAGAAUCUCUCACCAGGACAUGUACUGUGAUCGUAGAAAACUUCAUUGUGGACUUGCUGGCUUUUAACUGAUGGUAAGGUUUGGGGUUUGAUACGCUCUCACAUUUUUUUAUUUUUGCUUUAAAACUUUCAUAGAAUUCUAGAAUCAAUGGAAUUUAUCUCAACAGAGUCAAGGUUAUUGAAUAAUUCUCGCAUUUCCAGUAAUUCUUGAAUAUUUACAAGCAAUUAAUGGAUUUCUAGGUAACAAAAUGAAAUCAAACAGCAACGUCAUCAACAACGAAUCUCGAAAAACAGGUUUCCAAAAAACCUGAAAUUAGU